UUUCCUCUCUCUAGGUUGUAUAAAAAGGAGGUCCCCUGGUGAGGCAAAAUAAUAAGAAUCUCCUCUCCUAACCAUUCUCUCUCAAACCUCCAUUUUCCCUUCUCUGCUAAGAGACGAACCAACUUCCCAUUUCCCAAGCACUAAGAAAGAGAUACAGAGAGAGAGAGAGACAGAAACAAAAAUAAGGUCCUGUUUGGCUGUUUGAGAGGGACAAACGGGAUGGCGCUGGCUAAUGAAAUUCUUGCUUCAUCUUUUCUUCACAAAUCACCGUUGGUUUCUCAGUCUAAGUUGUUUCAAACUACUCUUAGUUCUGCGAAUCAGUUCAUGCCAAUUUGGGGUUUUCCAGACAAGAAAAGGAAGGUGGUGCUGGUAAGGAAGGCUGUGAAUGGUCCAGUGGCUGCAAUUAGUGAGGAUUUGGAUUUGGGUUUGGGUUUGGGUUUGGAUUUGGUUAAGCCUGUGCCCUUGGUCGAGAAGCCUGUCGAGUUCAAGGUUAGAGCUGUGGUGACUAUCAGAAACAAGAACAAGGAAGACUUUAAGGAGACCAUUUUUAAGCAUUUGGAUGCUUUCACGGAUAGGAUUGGCCAAAACGUUGUUCUUCAACUUAUCAGCACUGAGAUUGACCCAAGACGAAACGCUCCAAAGAGAAGCAAGGAAGCCGUGUUGAAAGAUUGGUCAAAGAAAACUAAUGUAAAAGCAGAGAGGGUAAAUUACAUAGCAGAAUUUGUACUGACCUCGGACUUCGGAGAGCCUGGAGCGAUCACGAUUAUGAACAAGCACCAGCAGGAAUUCUUCUUGGAAACUAUCACGAUCGAGCAAUUUGCAAGUGAUCCCAUUCAUUUUCCCUGCAAUUCCUGGGUUCAGUCAAGAAAAGAUCACCCUGCCAAGAGGAUAUUCUUCUCUAAUAAGCCUUAUCUACCAGGUGAGACACCAGCUGGGAUUAAAGCAUUAAGAGAGAAAGAGCUUAAAGACAUUAGAGGUGAUGGUAAAGGAGUGAGGAAACUGUCUGAUCGAGUAUAUGACUUUGAUGUGUACAACGACUUGGGAAAUCCAGACAAGGGAAUAGAAUUUGCUCGCCCAUGUCUUGGGGGCGAGAAAAUUCCUUAUCCUAGACGGUGUCGCACUGGACGUGCCCCUUGCGAUACUGAUAUAACCGCAGAGAGUCGAGUCGAGAAACCGUUACCCAUGUACGUGCCGAGAGAUGAACAGUUUGAGGAGCCUAAGCAAACCACUUUCUCUCUUGGGAGGCUUAGGGCAGUUCUUCACACUUUGGUUCCCUCUCUCAAAGCCAGCAUUUUGUCAAACAAACAAGAUUUCCAUGGGUUUUCAGACAUUGACAGCCUUUACAGUGAAGGGGUGCUCCUUAAAUUAGGCUUGCAAGAUGAACUCAUGAAGAAGCUCCCACUGCCAAGCGUUGUGAGUGAAUCCAGCCCAGGACUGCUGAAAUACAACACACCUUUGAUCCUUUCAAAGGACAAGUUUGCCUGGCUGCGAGAUGACGAAUUUGCUCGCGAAGCAAUAGCAGGAGUUAACCCAGUCUCCAUUGAGAGGCUUAAGGUUUUCCCUCCAGUAAGCAACCUUGAUCCCAACGUUUAUGGUCCACAGGAAUCUGCCAUUAAAGAAGAGCACAUCGUUGGCCAACUCAAUGGCAUGACCGUGCAGCAGGCAUUGGAUGAAAAGAAGUUGUUUAUAGUGGAUUACCAUGAUGUUUACCUUCCAUUUAUUGAUCGGAUUAAUGCUCUGGACGGCCGGAAAACAUAUGCAACUCGCACAAUCUUCUUCUUGACUCCACUUGGAACUCUCAAACCUUUGGCCAUAGAGCUCAGCCUUCCACCAACUGGGCUAAGUUCUCGAUCGAAACGGGUCGUAACUCCACCCGCUGAUGCUACUGGCAAUUGGAAAUGGCAGCUCGCCAAGGCUCAUGUCUGCUCCAACGACGCUGGAGUUCAUCAACUUGUUAACCACUGGUUGAGAACGCAUGCGGGCUUGGAGCCAUUCAUACUGGCAGCGCACAGGCAACUGAGCUCAAUGCACCCAAUCUUCAAGCUCUUGGACCCACACAUGCGAUACACAUUGGAGAUCAACGCAUUGGCGCGCCAAAGCCUGAUCAGUGGCGAGGGAGUGAUCGAANCUUGCUUCACUGCAGGGCGCUACGGCAUGGAGAUAAGCGCUGCUGCGUACAAGAACUUCUGGCGCUUUGACAAGGAAAGCCUUCCCGCCGAUCUCAUACGCAGGGGAAUGGCCGAGCCGGACCCUACAAUGCCCCAUGGACUCAAGCUUAUGAUCGAGGACUACCCAUACGCCACCGAUGGCCUUCUAAUUUGGGCCGCAAUCGAGAAAUGGGUUAAAACCUAUGUGGCUCAUUACUAUCCAAACCCUAGCAUGGUCCGCGAAGACAAAGAAUUGCAGGACUGGUACUGGGAGUCCAUCAAUGUAGGGCACGGCGACCUCCGCCACGAAAGCUGGUGGCCACAACUGAACAACUCCGACGAUCUCGCCUCAAUUCUCACUACGCUCAUCUGGCUCUCAUCAGCACAACACGCGGCGCUAAACUUCGGCCAGUAUCCAUACGGAGGCUACGUACCGAACCGACCGCCGUUGAUGCGGCGGUUGAUUCCCGACGAGAACGAUCCGGAAUACGCCAUCUUCUUGAACGAUCCUCAGAAGUAUUUCUUGUCAGCGUUGCCAAGCGUGCUACAGGCAACGAAGUUCAUGGCGGUGGUGGAUACAUUGUCGACGCACUCGCCGGACGAGGAGUACCUCGGGGAGAGGCAACAGACGUCGAUUUGGACAAGCGACGCAGAAAUUGUAGAGGCAUUUUACGAAUUCUCGGCAGAGAUCAGGCAGAUUGAGAAGGAGAUUGAUAGAAGGAACGCCGACGAGCGGCUGAAGAACCGGUGCGGUGCCGGAGUAUUACCGUAUGAACUGCUAGCACCGAGCUCGGAACCGGGAGUUACUUGCAGAGGGGUUCCGAAUAGUGUGUCAAUUUGAGGCCAUUGCCGCCAUUGUUAAGCUUAAAAGGUCACUUUUUCAAAUGAAAUUUGACAGAGCCGUAUUUAUAUGUAUUGUUUUUAAAUAAUUAGCGGGAAAGAAAAAGUGUAUUAGAUUUUUACUGUAAUGGACAGCGGUAAAUUUUAGGGAACUUGUACAUGCUGUAAAGCUUGUAACUUUCAUGGUUAAUCAAUCCUUCCCACGCAGAAGUGAUUUUGGCAAAC